AAAGAGAUUCGAGAGGAGGACCGAGACAGUAGAGCUAGCUAACAUUAUGGCGGGAAAAAAGAUGGAUUCCCCUUCAGUAUUAAACCCCAAUGAUGACCCAUGGUAGAAAAUGAGGACAGGUAACCCGAUAAUAAUGUUGACACGAAUGAAAGCAGCACCUUUGGACUAACAGGACAUUUAAUAUGAUAUUUAUGGCUUGUUUUAGGAAGCCUCCACGCCAACGAACACGCGGGGUUUCAUAUGUCGUUUUAUUGUGAAAGCCCCAACCGGAAGUACACGUAUGUACUCUGUUGAGCUUGAUAACGAGGGAGGAAAUGCCCGUUUUCCCAAAGUUUUGGAAAUGUUUGUGAAGUGAAGUAGCGACGGUCCGCGCGGCUCUUCCGUUCGAGCUAAACGAGUCAAACGAUGUCGUUGCUCGACCGAGUCGCUGCCAAAGCUCAACAAGGAGCCGCGGAGAUGAUUCCGUCGCGGUGGACGAUGUUUAACCGCAGCCAGGCACAAUGCAGCCGGUUCGCUAGCGGCUCUCCUCGGUGAGAGCGGCGGCACACAGCGACUCCCGAAUGCGUCGGGUUCACUCCAUCCCGGCGAAGCUCUCGUUGUUGUCAUUCGUCCUGAGUGUCCAGGUGUCAUGUUUGUUCCCUCCUCGCGUUUGUCCCCGCCGCCCGUGUCGCGGGGGGACCCGCGGGGUGUGGGAGCACCGUGCGGGACAGCGGGCUCGGUUCAACGGUGCAUGUCGGGGUACAUCGUGGUGCACAGCCCGGCCACCGCCUCCUCUGUCGGAGCCCCCGGAGAUUCUCUCCAGUGUCCAUGUCAUGCAACGUGAGGCUGGUGGGGGGACAGCAGGACUGGCACUGCUCAGGAUGGACGGUACGAUGGACAUCAAAGGGCCCGUGGUGUUUUCUUCAGCGGGUCCCCUCUCUUCUUCAGCUCCCGCUGGUCCCUGGAGACACUCCUUUUACUCUUCAUUUACCCGCAUGUCAAACAUCUUGCACCUUCGGGUUCGCCGGAGCACACUCACCAGAUACAACCUGGGCCACACUCUGCCUCAGGUUCAGAGUGUGGCGCCUCCAUCUGCGUUUGGGGUUCAAUUUCACAAGUGUGCUCAGGUGAAGCUCGACACUGAUCCGCCUCAGCUGACCUUCUUCCUGCUGAUUCACAACAUGGGCCCGGUCGGCGGCACCAACCUGUCUCAGGUGGCCAUCCGGGACUCCCUUUCCGGAAUAGUCCCCCUAAAAACUGAAGGCAGGGUGGUGGAAAGAGGCUACCAGACGUUUGCCAUCGAUUCACUAUCUGCUGGUUCUCAGAUUGUUGUCAAUUAUACUGCUCACAUAAGGAGUCAUAAGAGUGAAGUCCUGGAUCUUCCAGCUUUUCUCACCUUCUCUAACGCCUCACAGAACGACGUCAGUAUGUUUGGUCCACUAACAGCUAAUCUAACACUGAGGGUGAAUUCCACUGACAGGAUCUAUCCGAACCACGGUGUCCAUUUUGCUGGAUUUGUUGCUGGGUUCUUUGUCACAUUGGUGCUGCUGUUGCUGGGGUUUCUGGCCGUGAACCUCAUAGGCCUCAGAACCAGGCUGAACCUUCUUCAGCAAAGGAGAAAGAGAAGGGAUUCAGACCCAGAGUAUGCAGACUGCAUCAUGAGUGAGACAAUUAAAGAUGAGGCAACAUUUGAAGACAAGAUGGUGGACAUCAUGGUGUUGGAAGAUCCACAGAACAUGUACCAGGCUUUGGAGAACCUUGAAAUAUCUACACUGCUGCGAGCCACCAACAACCUGGAGGCCACCCGGAUUCAGAUCUACAAGGACGUGAUAUCGUCCCUGCUGGGCGGCCUGAGGUCCCGGGGCCAGACAACCACUCAGUCCCAGCAGAGGCUUCUCAGUGUGCUCCAUGGACAGCUGCUCGGCAUGGAGGGACGGCUGAAGGAGGAGCGGGGGUCCCGCAUGGCUGCGCUGGCUGGCCAGUGUAACCUGGAGACUCGGGAAGAAAUGGAAGCGGAGCACCGCAGGGAAGCGGCUCAGAAAGCCCAGGCCGAGCUUCUGUGUCAACAUGCAGAACGACAGGAGCUCCUCCAGUGCAGUGUCCUGCUGGAGAAGCUGCACAAGCUGAGUCAGAGUCAGCUCCAGCGCAUCCUGUUGGUCCGACAUGAAAAAGCCUCAGCGAAGGUCCAGAGGCAGAUCAUCGAGUGGCGCAGGGUGGAACUGCACAAGAUCUUUUCUGAGGAGCUGGAGGAGGCCACCAGGAUGGGCGAGCUGGAGAAGAGCACCGCCAAGAGUCUCCAGCAUGAUUAUUUUACAUGUCAGGAUCAGCUAGAAGAGGUUCUGGAUGUGGUCCUUGCCAAUCAGCGCUAUGUUUUGGCUGAACGCCAUGCACAGAGGAAGUUCCUGGUCCACAGCCUUCACAGCCUCAACGGCCUGAUAUCUGACACAUUCACAAGCACCUCCAGCAACCUGGACAACUGGUUCACUCACAUCAGGAGAGGGAGCACUGUGCCCGCAGAGCAGAUGGACCAGCUGCAGGAGAAGGCUCAGAAGGAGCUGGUGAUGGUUAGACAGAGACUGGAUGAGGCUCUGAACCAAGAAAGAAGAGCCAUGCGAUGCGGCCUGAUUAAGAAGAGGAGGGAGCUCAUUUCUGAAAUGCUUACGGUCCACAAACAGCGACAGAGGGAACUGUCUGGCCUGUCCAAGGGUGUGGAGGUCAGAAUGGAGGUCGCCCAGAACCUGCACUGUUGGCAGAACUUACUGACCGCUCACAGCUUGGAGCUGGCCGAGCUCAUCAACAACCUGGACGAGGAGGCUACAGCUGACAUCCGCAAGGUGACCAUGCGAGUGAUCCAAGGUGCCAUAGCAGAGGUCAAAGCCAUCCAGCCAUCUGCCACCCAGGACCUGCUAAUGCUCUUGCCUCCAGGGACGCACCCCUCCCUGCUGCACGCGGAGCCAGAGCAAGGAGCAGGACAGGCCCCGGGACAAGGAGCGAGCGCUCUCCUGCAGGGCCAGGAGAGGCUGCACCAAGAAGGCAAGGCAGCGCUGCGCACCCUGAGCUGUACCAGGGAGGCCCUGCAAGAAGCCAUGGAGAGAGAGCUGCAGGAGCAGAGGGAUAUAAGGACCCACUCCAGAGCUUUCUUCAGGCAUUUGUGUUCGUCGCAGCUGACUCUGUCUGAAGACGACAGGCUGAGGAUGAAACUGGAGUUCCAAAAGUGUCUGUCUGUGAUGGACCACUGCCUGGUGCUGCCUCACGCCAUCUCAAGAACCAAACUCUACACCGCCCUGGCAGCUUGGAGGCAGGACAGCGAGAAACAGAUGACGAACACGCAGUCCAAGGGGAAAACCAGCAAGGCCCGACAGAAAACAGACACUUCCGACCUGCUGCUUUUUCAGAAAAAGCUGGAGGACAGGAUCCGGCUGUUUGAGAUGGAGAAGGAGAUGGAGAGCAGCGUCAUGAAUAAGGUGUUAGAGGAGAUGCAGCAGGAGAGAGCGAAUGAACUGCGCUCUCAGGCGGACAGCCUGGCAAUUCAGAUGGCUACCAUCCACUACCAGAAGGCUGAGAGGAGGGACAAAGUGUUGGAGACUUGCAGAGCCAUGCUCACCCUGCACAGCCUGCUCACUCAGCAACUCAGAGAGAGGAAGAGCCUGGAGAGGCAAGACAUGGCCCAGAGUAUACAGAGCCACUGCUUGGGCCUAGAGGAAGCAGAGCAACAGCUUCAGAAGGAGAGGACAGAGUUGGACGGCCUGGAGAUGUGUCAGGGCAGAGUCGAGCCGUGUAAAACACGCAGAGAGGACUCUAAUGACAGGGAGGUGGGCAAUGAGGAGGAAAGAGUGUUUCAGCUGCAGCAGGAUUGCAGGAUGACAUCCAUCCUCCAGGGGGCGCUGUACAAGCGCGAUCAGAUCCUCGCACUGUUGGCCAAGAGCUCGCAAGAAAGAACUGCCAACGAUCAAGCCAUGGAAGAUUUGAAAGAACAAAUGGAGCUCAGGAGACUUUAUGGAAACUGCGACCAGGAUCUGGACUUUGCAUCUCAGCUGGUGAAGCAGAGUCAGGUGUCUGCUGAGGUUCUGCUGGAGGCCCUGCGGCUCCUCCUCCCCAGCCUGCCUGAAAGCGAACUCCUCUCCAUCACCGAUGCCCUCUGCCCUAAACAGCACCCUGCUUCAUUGACAGUCGAGCAAGAACAUGUGGGGUGUUUCGCGGGGUCGAGCCGACUCCUUUCCGUCAAACUGAGAGAAGACGUGGUGCAGAAAAAUAUGCCGGACGUGCCGAGCUGCACUGUGGAAAGAGGGAGACUCUGGGAAAAGAGGCAUAGUCUGGUGGAAAAACUGCUCCCCAGAUCUCGUCUUCUGCCUCCAAGAGACGUGGGACCCGAGAAAGCAAAGGAGGACAGUGUGACUGAAGUACUGCAGCCCGUUUAUAGAUCACAUGUGACUGAGAACCUAGUUAAACAGCAGCAAAGAGGCACUGCAACGGAGAAAGCCGGGGGCACUGUGAAUGAAACAUUACACGGCUCAGCGGGGGAAGACGUGACGUCAGCCUCUGCCAGCUCUGCACUGGGCAGCCCAGGAGAAAGGUUGUUUGUGUUUCGGGAUCCACCUGAGUCACGUGACAGUGUGGAUGUCCAGAAGAGGAGGAGGAAGAGGAAUUUCCUCAAUCUGAAGAAGGGCUCAGUAGCCCCGAUAAACCUACCUUGAGACUUCUUCUUUUUUUUUUUAUGAUGACACUAAAAUACAAAAUAAUUCAGUUAUCUUGCCAUGUAGCAAAAAAAUAGAAGUUGUUUGAAGUACAAUAUAUGUAGCAUCUGGCUUCCUUUGUAAGUAAAGGCAGCUGACUUAACCGUU